AUGGGUCGUCGCAACCUACUGUUGAUGGGUGCCAUCGGGAUGUGCGUCUACCAAUUCAUCGUGGCCAGCACCGGUACUGUGGCUGGUGUGGAGAACUUGGCAGCGCAACGAGCGGCGAUCUCGUUCGUUUGCAUCUACAUCUUCUUCUUUGCUAGCUCCUGGGGUCCUGUCGCCUGGGUUGUCACCGGCGAAAUGUUCCCCCUCAAAGUCCGCGCCAAAUGCUUGUCCAUGACAACCGCCACAAACUGGCUCCUCAACUGGGCAAUCGCCUACGCAACCCCCUACAUGGUUAACGAGGAGUACGCCAAUCUCCAGUCGAAGGUAUUCUUCAUCUGGGGCAGCUUCUGCUUCGUCUGCAUCGCUUUUGUGUACUUUAUGAUCUACGAGACGAAGGGCUUGUCUCUGGAGCAGGUCGAUGAACUCUUUGGUGUGUGCUCGAAGGCGUGGGAGUCGAAGAAGUUCCACCCGCAGGUUAGCUUUCUGGAUGUGCAGGAGAGGAAGACGAUCAUUGCGGAGGCGACGGGGGAGGUAGAGAGGAAAAAGAGUGUACAGCAUGAGGAGGUUACGGAUCUCAAGGCGGAGUAG